ACACAUUUUCUUGCAACGGAUUCUAUUCGGGAUAUCAUUGCUCCACGUGUGAUAAAAUGGUGGGUGUUACCUUUGACGUCCUCAGUACUCCAGAUUCUGGACACUACUCCUUUUCCGGUGGAUUUGACGGUGUUUACCUCUUUAUCAAGUACACACCAAAGCCAGGUUUUGAGGUAGUGAAGGUUACUCACGGCGUUCACGUCCUAUGGGAGGCUGGAGCCUCUCUUCUUUCUCUCACCCUUCACAAACUCGGCAACCUUCCAGUCGCUCUCCUCUUGCACUUUGACGGCUCUGACCUCUUCUUUGUCUUUGAGAACCUCGAGUGGAAGUCUGUGCCAAAGGCAGACUACGAGAACAAGCUCCAUGGACAUCAUCACAACCUCGACCCGGAGGAACUUGUCUUGGAUUUCGCUCACGUUGACCCUGAAAAGGCCGUGUCACUUCCAGUAAAAUACGGACAGUAUCUUGUGAACACUUACAUACCAGGUCUUGGUGUGGUCUUUGUCGGUGUCAAGGAGGGUGAUGAUGUACUUUGGAAGGCUGGACAUGCAGGCGACAAGUGUCUACAUGCUGCCGUUCACGCUUUGAAUGGCGUUCCAGAGUUUGCACGUCUUGCUCUGGUAGAGUCUGGUCACGCUCUGGAAAAGCACUUUAAGAAGGUUGACGGUAAGUGGGCUCCAAUUACCCUCAAGGCCUACCACGAGCAGAGGGCACCAAAGGAGCCCAGUGCUGCCUCCGUUGAUCUCUCGUCUGAUAAACAUGAUCACGUAUUCUGCUGCAAGGGAGCACCUUAUGGACUUCCAUUUGACGCCUUUAUAGCCUCUCUUCUCGCCAAAAUUACAAAGGUCGUCGACGGUGGAGUUACUCUCUGGGAGGCCAAGGAAGGUGAGAGGGGUCUUCACGUAACACUCGCUCACGAUGGACUUCAUGCCAACUUGGUUGUACUGACCCCUGAUGGUGUGAAAGAGCACGGAUUUGUGAAGAAGGAUGGAAAGUGGGUUUCUGCCGAUGGCAAUUUCCCAACCCAUCUCAAGCUCCUCGUUAACUAGAAGAUUUACUCACUGCAUGUGGAUAGUUCUCC